AUGCCAAGUUGUAGGUACAAUGGAACCACAACACCUAAAAGCCACAUAUCAGCCUUUGAGAACCACAUGGUGCUCUACACCAUGACGAAUUCGGUAUGGUGCAAAGCGUUCCCACCAACCUUGGAGGGACUAGCUGCGGAAUGGUAUGGAGCCAUCCCUAAAGGUUCCGUAUACUCUUAUAAUCAGCUGAAGAGGAUGUUCAUGGAGCAUUUAAUAACCUUGGUAGAUCGAACCAAGAUGACAACUGAGCUGAUGUCAAUGGUUCAGGGGAAGGAUGAGCCCCUGAGGGAGUUCAUCACCAGAUUCAACAAGGAGGCAACAACCAUCCCAAAUAUGAGCCAAGAGCUAGCAUUGUUGGCCAUGCAGAGCGGCUUGCUGCCGGGCUCACCGUUUAGAGCGUAUAAGGGGCGUAAAAGCCUCAAAACGCUGGUUAAGGCGCUGGGUAAAGCGCACGAGUUCAUUAAGGCAGACGAAACUGAUAGAGCAAUGCUGAGCAGGAAGGCACCAAGCGACCUAGUUAAGCAGGCAGAAGUCACUCGGGCAGAAAAUGUAGCCAAGGCUGACCAGCCUAGUAGAGCUGAGCAAGGUCGCAGAGAGGCGGACAGAGCGGUAGGGGUAAAAAGAUCAGAUCCGAGGAGAGGACCAAGGCCAGGAAGGUUCGAUCAAUAUACCCCACUAACCCACUCGAGGUCUCACAUCUUCAGUGUGAACAAAGCUGAUGAUAAGUGGCAGAGACCCCCGAGAAUGGUUAACAGGAAUUGUAAUCCCAGCAUGUGGUGUGACUUUCAUAUAGACCAUGGCCAUACCACCGAUGAGUGCACGCACUUGAAAGAUAACAUAGAGGAGCUGGUCAGGAGAGGAUACCCAAAUCAGUUUAAGCAGCACGCUGAUCCUCCCAGAAGAAGGGAUGAAGAUAGAGCAGGCCGUGACCGCAGAGGAGGUCACAGGGGUCCCGUUGAGGAUAGGGACUGA